AUGAUCAAAAAUCCUAAAAUUAAUUCAACCUUAAUUACUGUUGAAGAUUCAAGGGAGAUUAUUUGUCAAAUUGAUCCUUCACUUAAUAAUAUUGAUACCUUUAUAAUUCCAGAUAAACUAAAAUUACUCCUAAAAGGGAAAGCCGACGGAUUCGGCAGGGACAUUUUUUUUAAAAAAUUAAAAAAUAUUGAAAGAACUAUUUUGAUUUUACGUAUCAAAGACUCUCCCGAGAUAAUCGGAGGUUAUAAUCCUUUAAAGUGGAAAAAGCUCGGUAGUUUUAAUUCUACUGAUUGCUGUUAUUCAGAGACUUGUGCUAGUUUUAUUUUCUCUUUAAAACGAGGAAAUUUAGAAAAUUCAAUAUUUUCGAAAAUCGCAUUUUCUAAACAUGCUAUAUAUCGUGAAAAAGGUCUAGGUCCGUGUUUUAGCCUUGACCUUUUCAUGGCUUCUGAUAAAAAAGGCAAAACUUGGGGGUGUUUUAAAUCUGAUUAUGAAUGUAAAAUUCGUGAUUUAGAUGGGUGGUUUCAAAUAGAGGAUUACGAAAAACUAAUAAUGUCUUCCUCAAAUGUGUCAGAAAAGUCAGAAAAAUACCAUGAUUGGUUGAAGAAGGAGCUGGAAAAAGGCAAUAUAGCCUUUUUUGAAUAUUCUCUAUUCAGCAAUAUCAAAAAUAUUGGAGAAGGCGGGUUUGGACUUGUUAGUUCGGCUGAAUACGAUGGAGUAAAGGUCGCAUUGAAAAGUCUCAAAACGAAAGAAGCAACUAGAGAGUUUGUUAAUGAGACAACUGCACAUUCUUAUAUAUCAUCCUAA